AUGAAGUUAAAGGAGUUUUCACCUGCCAUCGCUGCUGAUGACUCUGAUGAUGAAACCUACCUGUUCCAGUGCUCCUGUGCAGGUCUGUACCAGUGCAGUGUGACCGGCCUGGUGUUUUUAAUGAAGGCAGAAGGAGACGUGGUUUACAGGACUGUCCCCUGGAACAGGAAGCUGCUGACCCAACACCACAAGAAGCCUGCAGGACCCCUGUUUGACAUUAAAUGUCAGCAGCAGUCUGUGUGUCAGCUUUGUCUCCCACACUGUGAGCUCAUCUCCACAGGUGGAGGUCAGUUCUUGCAGGUCGCUCAUGUGAAUGAUGAGGGCAUCGAGUUUAUUACCCCUCAGCAGAUAACAGAAAGUCACGUUGUUAUAAACAUCACAGGGUUUUCUGGUUACGGUAAUGUCAAGGAUGAAGACUCUCCUCCUGACCCAGUCCAAGCUUUGGUUCUGCUCUUCUACAAACCCCCAGUUGAUCCUGAUCUCAGCUCUCAGCUCAGUGUAUUGUUGCUUCCAAGGAACGUCGUGAUCCGUGACGUACAGCGCACCAGGAGGAAACUAAUUGGAGAUGAGAGGUACAUAGACACUUCUCCUCACUGCAAACUGCAUCCAAAGCAGGUUUACACUCUGUCCACUGUUCCUGAGGAUGAUUUGAUUACAGUUGAACCAAAAGAAGCUGAUUUUGAUGAUGAGUACUACGACAGCUACUUUACGUCAUUCCUUGUGUCUUUAAGAAGAAUCCUCACAGAUGUUAACCUCAGUCUGAAAGAGAAGAGCAGCUCCACCUGUGUUUGGGAAAGAAAAUUGUGUAUUUUCUCCCCUACAGUGGGAACUUUGAAUCAUCCUCCUUCUGAGAGGCUGUUAAACACACGAAGCUGCUUCAUUGAAGGGAUAUCAGAACCUAAUCUCAACAGCCUGAUCGACAAACUGCUGGAGAAAAAGGCGAUAACUGAUGCAGAGAGGGAGGCAGCAGAUGCGAAGCAAAACAAAAGGGAAAAGGCUCGUUUUGUUAUCGACACUGUGAGGAAUAAAGGUGAUGCUGCCAGUUCAGAGUUUAAGUUUCUCCAUGAGCUUGACAAAAUCUUUUGCGGGCAUCUCGGUUUAAACUGAAUGGGUAUUCUAUGACUUUGUUUUUGCAGAAGUCGUGUGGAGAAAGUGAAGCAAUUACCUGCAUGUUUGCGUAUAUAUAGGGUCAGCAGGGAAAGGGCUGGGAAAAAUCCAAAAACAGUAUGUUGGUCUUAAAAGUAUCUGAUAAAACACUUUAAAUAUAUACUGUCAGUCAAAAGUUUUGACCGUCUCAUUUAAUGGUUUUUCUUUAGUUUUACUACUUUCUACAUUGUGGGUACAAACUGAAGACAUCAGAUAUUUUUACGCAAAAUAUACAGAAUCAUGUAGCAAAGAAAAUAAUUCUCUAAAUGUGUCUAAUAUUUCAGAUUCCUGAAAGUAGCCACCUUUUGCUUGGUUGAUACUGCUGCAAACCCUUGGCCUUCUUUCUAUGAGCUUCAUAAUGUAGUCACCUAAAAUGGUUUCACUUCACAGGUGCCUUGUCAGGAUUCGUUUGUGGAACUUGGCUUCUUAACAGGGUUGGGAUCAUCAGUUGUGUUGUGCAGAAGUCAGAUUGGUACAUGGCUGACAUUCCCAUUUGACAACCAUUAGCUGAUGGUUCUUGUCAUGAUAUGAAUUCUAAGUAAAGAGAAACCACUACUAAGGAAAAGCAACAAGCAGAAGAGAUUUAUUGGUCCAAGAAACACAAGGAAUG